AUGACAGAAGAUAUCCAUAAAUCAUCAAAUAGUUCAAGUGAUACUGAUGAUGGAAUUGUUGGCCAUCUAAGAGAUGAGGUUUGGGUACAUUUUAUUAGAACAAAGCGUCCCAAGAAAAAACAUUAUAGUGCUACUUGCACAUUUUGUAAAACAAGUUUGAAGCGUAGAAAACCUACUACUUUAAAGUCUUAUUUGGCAGUUAGAUGUUCAAAAGUUUCAAAUAAUAUUCGAAUUAAGUACCUGCGUGCAAUAAGUGAUGAAAAUAAUCAGGAAAAAUCAACAGAUAUUUCAAAUAUGCAUCCAAAAAAAAAAUUAAAAUCAAAUCAUACAAGACCAUUAACUGCAUGUUUUAAUUUUGAUAAGAUUGAUGAGGCUAGAGCAAAGCAAGCCAAUCAAGCACUUCUUCAUUGGACAACAUUAUCUGGACCUAUAUUAGAUUCAGAAAUUGCAAAUAUUACUUUAAAACUUGAUAAGAUUUUGAAAGAUGCCACAAAUCUUACAUUAU